UCUUGCCGAUUAAUAAAAAUGGCAACUGUCUGAAAUCAGUGUGAUGCGAAUUUCUGUCCAAAGUUUAAACAAGAAAGACUGCAUGAUAAUGUUUAUUUAGUUCUUCCAACUCAACAUAACAAGAGGAACAUAUACGAAAUCUCAUCAUUUGAGUAGUAGAGAGCCAUGGCUCAGGGUCGGCCAAUCAAAUGUGUAGUUGUUGGGGAUGGUACAGUGGGCAAGACGUGUAUGCUGAUCUCAUAUACCACAGACAGCUUCCCAGGGGAAUAUGUCCCUACAGUAUUUGAUAAUUACACAGCCAAUAUGAUGGUGGACGGGGUUCCUGUUAGCCUUGGAUUAUGGGAUACUGCUGGGCAGGAGGAUUACGACAGAUUACGUCCAUUAUCUUAUCCACAAACAGAUGUCUUCUUAAUAUGUUUUAGUGUAGUCAGUCCUUCAUCAUAUGAAAAUGUCACCACAAAAUGGAACCCAGAGGUGAAACAUCACUGUCCGGAAGCGCCCAUACUUUUAGUGGGUACUAAAAUAGAUCUUCGAGAAAAUAAAGAGGCUAUAGGACAACUAGCUUCCCAAGGUCUGUCGCCUGUGAAACGUGAGCAAGGAAUCAAGUUGGCCAAUAAAAUCCGAGCGGUCAAGUACAUGGAGUGUUCAGCCCUUACCCAAAGAGGUCUUAAACAGGUUUUCGAUGAGGCCUGUCGAGCCGUUUUGCAGCCUCAACCAAUUAGAACAAAAAAUCACAAAUGCCAGCUUCUAUGAUGGCCGUGGCUGUCACCAGUUCAUUGUUGUAGGAAUCUUACGCCAUCUUUGAACCAUCAUCUACCUGUGGUCACCCCGUGUGUGUAUGGUGUUGUAUAGCCUCUUUCUCGAUAGCCUGGUCUUCAUCAUGUUUUUUAAGUGAAGACCCUUUGUAGUAAUGUCAUUGAAGGGUAUGAUGCUAUUUAUCAUAACUAGAUAUAGGUUUUGUUUAAAUCUGGAGUAUUUUUUUCUUUUAAACUUAUGUGAUAUUUGGGUUUUAUUUUUUACUUACCUUAUCCAAACCAACAUGGUGAUGAUAAAUUUAUCAUAGAAACCGUUACAUGUAUAAACCAAGUAUUUCAUUUAGUGCUCACUGAGCAGAUAAUUAAGAUAAAUGAAAUAUAAAAUCAGUCUAAUUAGUGUGACCGAUUUAAAUGUUGAAUAUCAAAUGUUUGCUGCCAUAAGUCACAUUUUAUGACAGCAAUUUUCAAAACCCUUCAUUUUAUGUUUAGUUUUGAAAUGGACUGUUUGUGUACAAAUACAAUGUAUGUUGUACUUCGUUUAAUUUAAAGGAGAAAAUAAUGGUUCUGGUGUGUCUUCAUAUAUAUGAACCACCAUUAAUUUUGAUUCAUAUUGAUGAACUUCAACCUCAUUUAGUUUUUCUUUUAUAAAAAUCCAUUUAUUGUACAUUUUUCUGUGAAUGUUCGUUUUGGACAUGUAUUUUGUUUGAGUUGUCUACCUUAGAUGAUAUCCAUACUGAACACCUUAUGAUGCAUUUAAAUAUUAAACAUUUAUAUCAUUAUUUAAAGCAGAAUUCUAAAAUUAUUUUUAGAGAGUUUUUUUUUUUUUUGGUCGACCAGAACUACAAAAUAAUUUUUAUUUAAGCAUUCUCUCUAGGAUAGACAAUCAUAUUGGUUUCAUUUUGUUAUGCAGGAGGUGUAGGAGUUCAUAUUAGCAAUAGCAAGCUUUCUUACUGUCCAUUCUGUAUGUAUAAGGGGGAAAAUUCUGCCACAGCUAGUAGUUUUAAGAAUGCUUUAAAUAAAUGUAUGGUCUCCAAGUCUUUAUGAUCUACAUGUAGGUAUUUUGGCAAGGAAUGGUAAUAAAAAUAAAACCAUAUUUCAGUUCCGAUAAAAACUGAAAGCCACAUUGUGUGCCUUGGAUAGUAUAAUAAGCUACUCUGAGAUAUUUACAUGUAUCAGACCAUGCUCCCCUCCCCCCCUACACCUUGAUGAAAAUAAACUUUAAAGGAUUUUUUAAAUCAUACAGGAUACAUAGAAAGACAUGAUUUUAUCCAGAAGUGUGUGUGUUACAUGCUUGAAUUACCAGGGCUGCGUUUUAUAAAAGAACUUACAACCUAGGACCAAGUUCUUGAAUGCUAUUAAUUACAAAUUAAUCAAUGUUUUAUUCUAUUGGUUGUAAAAUAUAGUAAUUGAAAAUCAAAAUAGUUGUAAAUAAAUGGUUUUUAUAUAAAAUAAAAUUCUUUUCCUCAAAAGACUACUCCUUAAGACUGAAAAUAUUUACCUUGUGGUACAGCUUUGAGUUCUUUUGUUAAACGUGGUCCAAGUUUUUGCCAUCUCGAUUCGUACUUAAUUUUUUUUUAACUUUAUAACUGUAUAUGUACAUGAUAUAAUAAUGUAAAUUUUUUUAAGCAUCAUCUGCAGAGUUUCUUUUUUAUGUAUAUGGUAAUAACAGAAUUUUUUCAGUAUUGUUGAAUUUUUCCAAUGGGUGGUAUAUUUGUAUUUGCAAUGGUUGUGAUCCACCCCUGUCAAUUUCAUAUUGUGUAUGACUUCUCACUUACUUUGAACCCCUGUUGCCAUGGAUUUUACAAAUCUCAAAUCUUGGGAGAAAAAGGAAGUAUUUUUUAAUGAAAAAGUUGUUCUCAGAUAUCUAAAUACUAGUUUAUGUUGUAAAAUAAUUAUUAACUUUUAAGUAGAUAAAUAGAUAAUAUGUUGUAAUAAUAUUAAGAACAUUUUACGACAAAACAUGUACUGUGUACUUAUUUGUAAUUAAGACUGCUGGUCUAAUAUACAGGCUAUUAUAGCAGUCAAGUUAUGAUUAGAUUGUUUAUGCAAAUCUUUAGAACGAGCACUGCUAUAAAAAUCAUAAUCUAGAAAACCCAAAUUAUAUGUGUAAAAUUUAUAGAUAUAUAAAGAUCAAUUUGUAUCUUGGGGCACUCGAAAUUACGACUUGAUGUCAGAACUUGAAAAGAAUUGCAUUUGCCAAGUUUAAAAAGCAAACAAGAUCCUGAAAUAUUAAUGACCAUCUUUCCUGAAGAAAGUAAUGGAACACUGUAGUGUCUGUUCCAAAUGGUAGUAAUUUCUAGUCAUUUAUUCACGUGUAGCUUUUUUUUUUCUUUUCCCAUCAAUGCAGUUAUAAUCAUGAAUUUAUUAAUAAAGGAGAGAAAAAUAGAACGUUUAAUUUGAACAUGUUUUUGGUGCAGUAACUGUGUGUAUUAAUUCUGGUGGUUUUAAGUAUUAUCAUCAUUGCCAUUAUUACACUUGUAUAACAAUUAUGCAUGGAACUUUUUGACAACCAUAACAGCUGUGAACUACUUGUUGUAUGGUUGGUAUGUAUGUAUAGCAGCUUUGGAGUUGUAUGUUAAUGCUGAAAUAAAGAAAUAGCUUCG